AUGCUCGUCACCGCGUCCCCGCUGUCGUGCGGCUCCAACGCCGCGCUUCCGGAAGGAAAUCCAUCUUUUCCUUUUGCUCUGGUUCCAGGUCUAACCUUUGGGGCACAGCCUUCGACAGCAGCCACCAGUACAACCACAGCAACGCUGACCACAAGCACCAGCCAGGCACCCACCCUGUCCUUUGGAACCAAGCUGGGAGUCACAUCCACCGCUGCCACCACGGCCUCCACCACCAGCACCACCUCAGUGCUGGGCUCCACGGGGCCCUCCUUGUUUGCAUCUGUGGCAACUUCUUCAGCCCCAGCCUCCUCCAGCAGCACGGGCCUCUCACUGGGUGCCACCUCCACUGGUUCCACUGGGACAGCCAGUCUGGGGACACUUGGCUUUGGAUUAAAGGUUCCUGCAACCACAGCUGCCACAACAAGCACUGCCACAGGGACUACUUCUGCUUCUGGCUUUCCUUUGAAUCUGAAGCCAUUGACCACCACGGGUGCCAUUGGAGCUGUGACCUCCACAGCUGCCAUAACCACAACCACCACACCCAGUGCCCCCCCAGUGAUGACUUAUGCCCAGCUGGAGAGUUUGAUCAACAAGUGGAGCCUGGAACUGGAAGACCAAGAGAAGCACUUCCUGCAUCAGGCUACCCAGGUCAAUGCCUGGGACCGCAUGCUGAUAGAGAAUGGAGAGAAGAUUACUUCACUGCACAGAGAAGUAGAGAAGGUGAAGGUUGACCAGAAGAGACUGGAUCAGGAACUGGACUUCAUUCUGUCCCAGCAGAAGGAGCUGGAGGACUUGCUGACCCCUCUGGAGGAGUCUGUGAAGGAGCAGAGCGGGACCAUCUACCUGCAGCACGCCGAUGAGGAACGGGAGAGGACCUACAAACUGGCUGAAAACAUCGAUGCUCAGCUGAAGCGCAUGGCACAAGAUCUGAAGGACAUCACUGAGCACCUGAACACCUCAAGGGGCCCAGCAGACACGAGUGACCCGCUUCAGCAGAUCUGUAAAAUUCUGAAUGCACACAUGGAUUCCCUGCAGUGGAUUGACCAGAAUUCAGCUGUGCUGCAGAGGAAGGUGGAAGAGGUGACCAAGGUUUGUGAGAGUCGCCGCAAGGAGCAGGAGCGCAGCUUUCGGAUCACCUUUGAUUGAAACGCUCCCACGUUGAAAGGAUGCAUAUAAAGCCUCCACAAAAUGCAGAUGUGUUUGAGGUGUGAAAUGACGACCUGACUUUUGUUUCUUUUCUUGCAAUAAAAUGUGUUGUUUGUUCC